ACAACAACAACAACAAAAGCUUCUCUCAAACAUAUUUUCUCUCACCUCAAACAACAACUAAUCUUGGCUACUUCAUUUCUUUCUUCAUUUCAUCAACCAUGGAAAACACAACACUCGCAUUGAUACUUUCCAUUUCAUUUGUUUGCUUACAUGUAAUUCGAUCCUUCCUUGGCAAAGCUAGCUCAAAGUCUAGCAAACUCCCACCGGGGCCGAAAAGAAUGCCCAUUUUUGGAAAUAUUUUUGACCUUGGCGAAAAGCCUCACCGGUCAUUUGCGAAUCUUGCUAAGAUUCAUGGGCCUUUGGUGAGCCUUAAGUUAGGAAGCAUUACAACAAUUGUUGUAUCUUCCGCUGAAGUGGCCAAAGAAAUGUUCCUUAAAAAUGAUCAAGUACUGGCUAAUCGAACCAUUCCUGAUUCAGUUCGGGCAGGAGACCACGACAAAUUGUCCAUGUCGUGGUUGCCUGUGUCAGCCAAGUGGAGAAAUCUUAGGAAGAUCUCCGCCGUGCAAUUACUCUCCAAUCAACGACUAGACGCUAGUCAAGCUCAUAGACAAGCCAAGGUGGAACAACUUCUUACGUACGUGCAAGAUUGCUCUAAGAAAGGGUUACCUGUUGACAUUGGAAGGGCCGCAUUUACCACCUCACUAAAUUUGCUAUCAAACACAUUUUUCUCCGUUGAAUUAGCGAGCCAUGAGUCAAGUGCUUCCCAAGAGUUUAAGCAACUCAUGUGGAAUAUAAUGGAGGAAAUUGGCAAACCAAAUUACGCCGAUUAUUUUCCUAUUCUUGGCUACGUCGAUCCCUUUGGUAUAAGGCGUCGUUUGGCUGCUUACUUUGAUCAACUCAUUGCUGUUUUCCAAAACAUUAUUCAAGAAAGGCAGAAAAUUCGAUCAACAAAUGGUUCAAAUGCGAAACAAACAAAUGACAUUCUAGACACACUUCUCAACCUCCACGACGAGAAUGAAUUGAGCAUGGGAGAAAUUAAUCAUCUUCUUGUGGACAUUUUUGAUGCCGGAACUGACACUACUGCUAGCACAUUAGAGUGGGCAAUGGCUGAACUGAUUAAAAAUCCAGAGAUGAUGAUUAAAGUUCAAAAUGAAAUCGAACAAGCCGUUGGCAAAGACUGUUCAGCUAUCCAAGAAUCUGAUAUCGCAAAACUACCUUACUUGCAAUCCAUCAUCAAAGAAACUUUACGUUUGCACCCUCCUACCGUAUUUCUCUUACCUCGGAAGGCAGAUGUUGAUGUAGAAUUGUAUGGUUAUGUGGUACCCAAAAAUGCACAAGUUCUAGUCAAUCUUUGGGCCAUUGGUCGUGAUCCAAAGGUGUGGAAAAAUCCAGAGAUAUUUUCACCCGAGAGAUUUUUAGAGUGUGAUAUUGAUUAUAAGGGACGAGAUUUUGAGCUCUUACCCUUUGGCGCCGGGAGAAGGAUAUGUCCUGGAUUAACCUUGGCUUAUAGAAUGUUGAACUUAAUGAUGGGUAAUUUUCUUCACUCCUUUGAUUGGAAGCUUGAAGAUGGUAUGAAUCCAAAAGAUUUGGACAUGGAUGAGAAAUUUGGUAUCACUCUGCAGAAGGUUAAGCCUCUCCAAGUUAUUCCCGUCUCUAGAAAAUAAAAUACUAUCGUACCACGUAUUUCAUAAUGUCUUGAUUUACUAUUUAGCCAAUAACUUUUUGUAACGAGUUUGAUAAUGAUGUAAGCAACUAUAUACGUACUCUUUUAUUCUAUACAUCAAUUUUAAACAUUUGUUUUGUGGCUAUAACGUAGUUGUACCAAUUUUAUCAAUAUCUUCCAAUUUAAGAUAAAUGUUGCACUCCACACAUUUGUUUCAA